UAUUACUAUAAGCAGGUAACAUCUCCACACUCUCUAGGCAUACUCUCAAGGUCCGAACCCCCAAGCCUCGGCCGGUUCCGCCGGGGCUACGACAGGGCCAUUUUCACUCCGAUGCUCAAGUUCCUCCGAGACACCAAAUCGCCAUUCAUGGUAAACCCCUACCCCUACUUCGGCUACUCCCCGCAAAUGGCGAACUACGCCCUCUUCAAGCCCAACCGCGGCGUCCGAGACACCAACACCGGUAUCACCUACACCAACAUGUUCGACGCAAUGCUCGACGCCGUCCACUCGGCCGCCAAGUCCGUCGGCUACGGGGAUGUCGACAUCGUGAUUGGCGAGACGGGAUGGGCCUCGGCCUGCGAAUACCCGGCGUGUUCGGUGCAGAACGCGAGGGAUUACACUACCAACCUGAUAAGGCAUGUGAAUUCUGGGAAGGGCACGCCAUUGAUGCCCAACAGGAGGUUUGAGACUUAUCUGUUUUCUUUGUUUAAUGAGAAUCUUAAGCCUGGUCCCACGGCUGAGAGGAACUGGGGGCUCUUCCAGCCGGAUUUUACUCCGGUUUAUGAUGCUGGGAUUUUGCGCAAUGGAGUGCGGGUAAGUUUAAUUUCUGCAUUAUAGUUACUUAAACUAGUAGAUGAUAGUCAUUUGAUUUGGGGAAUGGAAACACCUCUUCGCUAUAGCGUAACGUUUUAAAGUGCAACAAAAAAAACAAUGACAAUUAAUAAAAUUAAAUUCUUAU